AUGCCUCAAGCGCAACCCCCGCCUGGGUUGGCUGACCUCGAGAAGGAGCUGGGAUGCUCGAUCUGUACGGAGCUGCUCUACCAGCCCCUCACACUCCUUGACUGUCUGCACACGUUUUGCGGUUCCUGCUUGAAGGAAUGGUUUACGGCGCAAGGCUCGCGGCGUCGCUCGUCGUCUGACACGUCUCCUCGAUUUACCUGUCCAUCAUGUCGCGCUGAAGUACUUCGUACUCGAACAAAUGCUACCGUGACAACCUUACUUGACAUGGUGCUGGCAGCGCACCCCGACCGUGCCAGAUCUGCCGACGAGAAAGAAGAAAUCGCGGGGCGAUACAAUCCCGGGGAGUCGGUCUUUCCCCCUCUUCCCCCUCCACAGGAGGACAAUAAUAGCGAAGAUGAUGAGGAUGAUAGGAGAGUGCUGCGGGAAGUUCAGGAACUAAGUCUCCGCGAGAGUCGCGCACAGGCACGGCGGGAGGCUAGACGAGCAGGACAGUCGGAGAGGACACGCGAUAGGAGCAGCAAUCCUGAGCGAUCCACAGAAGAUGGGCGAUCCCGCCGUCGGCGGGGCGAAGAUUCGGAGCGACAGCAGAGCUCGGCGCGGGCCCACGGCGAUUCAGAACGUGCGAGGCGCGUGGAACACCAGUCGAGCUUGCGUUCCCUACUCAGCUUGUCGUCCGAGGCCGAGACAAUGCAAGAGGAGAUCUUGCGACAGAUCCUUGAAGAAGGGUUACUGGAUGAUAUUGACUUCGACAAUCUUAGCGCUACACAAGAGGAAGAACUUAGUGAGCGAAUUGCAGAUGCCUAUCGUAGGAGUCAUAUGCAACAACCGCGCGCGCAAGGGCAAAGACGCAGGCAGUCUCCUGAAGAUUCCAGUCGAACUCCUCGUUCCCGGUCGCAAUCAGUGCAAAGACCGAGCGAGACUGCUCCAACCCCAUCCACUCGCGACAAUACCGAUAGACGCCCGCCUGCAACUAGACCGCACUUAUUUGAUCCACCUACGUCACGCCCGACGCCAAACCACCACCGAAGGAACUCGGAACAGGGUGAUGGCCGCCGGCGUACCUCCCCUGUCGGAGUGAAUCAAGCAUCAACCUCAGAAGACAUGUUGCGACCAGCCGUCCGAUCCUCGAGCGAUAUGACAGCCGAACGCACGCGCAGCUCCCAGAAUGCGCGAACAAGAGCAGAAUCUUCUUCGAGCCGGCCACGACGUGCAACGGAGUCAGAUCAGGGCAUAUCAGACGCAUGGAUGAGCGCAGGAAGAGAGCGAGGCUCUUCCAGAGUCGUCACCAGCCAACCUGUAACGAGUUCCCCAACCUCGGCUUCAGCUUCUACACCACAACUCAGUUCUCCCCACAACUCAACGCCGACAGAUCAAUCAGCACCAGUAUCUUCCCCGCCUCUUGUCCCGCCAAGGUCUCACAGGCGACCGAGUUCAUCACGAUGGAGCGUGCUCCCACAUUUUACUGCGCAAUAUGUGGAGCCCUCCAUCUCUUGCGAUCGCUGUGGAACGCCGGACAUUCAAUAUGAUGUGCACAAAAAGUGCAACAAAUGCAAAGACCCAGACUAUCAUCUCUGUCUGCGGUGUUAUCGGACAGACGGAGAUUAUCCCUCCGGAGACUCUUCCCGCGCCAAUGGCUUCGAUCCCUCUGCGCAAGCGAUAUACCAAAAGAUCCUUGCAUCUCCAAAUCAUCGCCCAGCCAAGAUGCGCCAAAGUGGUCAUAUACUGCGCUCCUUCCAGUAUGAGCGGCCCUCGGAGAACGCACAAGUCGUUACCAGUGGCGAAAGGAAGAUCACGAAUGACAAUCCUGCGCGCCGUCUCAUAUCGGGACUCUUCUGUGACAUUUGCCAGUCCCCGGCCAAUGACUGUUUUUGGAAAUGCAGCAAGUGCAACGAGGGUGAUUGGGGCUUUUGUAACCGCUGCGUCAAUCAAGGAAGAUGCUGCACGCAUCCCUUGUUGCCUAUUCGGCGUAUUACUGGCGGCCCAAAGCUAUCAGCGACAAGUACACCUGCCGAUACAAAUACCUCCCUCUCUCGAUCAGACUCGGAAAGCUUCAAAACACUCGCCUUCUCCACCAACUGCGACAUCUGCACGUAUCCAAUCCCCGCUUCGGUGACACGUUUCCAUUGCCUACAAUGCAAUGACGGUGAUUACGAUGUUUGCACAAACUGCUACCUCAAGCUAGUAGCAACUUCCAAGAUCAGCAAGGAGAACGGGCAUAACGGCUGGAGACGCUGUCUAGCCUCCCACCGGAUGAUCAUUGUCGGUUUCGAGGACCGAGAUGACGGCCAAAGACGAGUCAUCGUACGCGAUCUAGUCGGUGGCAAUGCGCUUCAAGACGAGCACAUCGGACAAUCCCCUUCUUCCUCUCCAGUUAUUAGUAGUCCCGCAUCACCGGACCGAGGAAACGGCUACUGGAGCUGGAAAGAAGGAUCAGAGCGCCGAAAGAAGGCUUCUCGUCUCCGUGGCUCCGUCUCUUCACCCACCAGUAACAAUCCCGGCGCCUCAUCUUCGGAUCUUGGUCACGGCAGCGGUACACCUACUUCCCAGCACGGCGGACCCUUCCGUCGUUUCCCACCGGAUGGAGGUGUCGGGCUCGUCGUGCAGGCUAAGUGGUCCUACUUCCAUGGGGAAGAGAAUGAAGAUGAACUGGUCUUCCCUCGGGGUGCUGAGAUCAAGGAAGUGGAUGAUGUCAAUGAUGAGUGGUUCUGGGGUAGUUAUGCUGGUCGGACGGGCUUGUUUCCUGGAACUCAUGUCGUUGUUGUGGGGGAGAUCAAAUGA